CCCCGGCCCGCCGGGAGACUGAACUGCGGUAGGGGCGGCCGCAGCCCCGGGGAGGCCGCUGCCCCGGGAAGGGGGGGUCGCUGCGGGAAGAGGCCGUCUCGGAGGGGCAGCGUUACCGGAGCGGCAACACCGGGGAAGCUCCGCGGGCGAGGCGAGGCGGCCGCCGCUGGGGGAAGCGGCUCGAACGUGGAGCGGGAGGAGCCUGGACUGCCCUGCUGAUGUUUCGGAGUUGAGGUAAUGGCAGAAUUCGGUCUGUGGGGCACGGCCGGAGGUCCGGAGCACGGUCUGGGGGCUGCAAAGCGCCCGUGAUCAGCGCCGGGAUGGGGAACAGCGGCUCGGCCGUGAAGGUCUGCACGGAUCACCAGGGGGGCAUCAACUGGCUGAGCCUGAGCCCCGACGGGCAGCGGCUGCUCACGGGCAGCGAGGACGGCACGGCGCGGCUCUGGAGCACCGCCGACAGCCAGUGCCACGGGCACUUCCAAGGACAUGAAAGUUACAUCACCUUCUGCCACUUGGAGAACGAGGCUGCCUUCACGUGCAGCGCUGACCACACCAUUCGCAAGUGGGACGUGGUGACUGGGCAGUGCUUGGCCAUUUACCGAGGCCACACAUCAAUUGUCAACAGAAUCCUGGUUGCUAAAGACUAUCUCUUCAGUGGCUCCUAUGACAGGACAGCCCGCUGCUGGAGCGUGGACAAGGAGAAACAAAUCCAGGAAUUCCGGGGCCAUCGGAACUGUGUCCUGACUCUAGCUCACUAUUCCUCCAGGGAUGUGCUGGAAGAAGAGGAGGAGGAAGAGGAGGAGGAGAAAAUGAGCAGGGACCUGCUGGUGACAGGGAGCACGGACUGCACUGUGAAGGUCUGGUGGGUGUCCAGCGGGCGCUGCUACCAGACCCUGCUGGGACACACGGGGGCCGUCUUAUGCCUUACACUUGAUGCACCAAACAGGGAGCUGUUCUCUGGCAGCACGGAUUACACCAUCAGGACCUGGAAUAUUGUCACUGGAGAGCAGCUGAAAGUUUUCAAGGAGCACCAAGGAUCAGUAAUUUGCCUAGAGCUGGUGAAUCGUCACCUGUACUCGGGGAGCGCGGACAGGACAGUGAAGUGCUGGUUUGUAGACACUGGGGAGCGGAUCCAGACCUACAAGGCUCACAAACACAGUGUUAGCACUUUGAAAUACCAUGCUGGCAUCUUGUUCACAGGAAGUGGUGAUGCCUGUGCAAGAGCUUUCAAUUCCAGGAGUGGAGUCCUGCAGAAGAUCUUCAGAGGACACAAGUUCAUCAUCAACUGUAUCCAGAUCCACAAUGAGCUGCUCUACACAGCUUCCCACGAUGGCACGCUACGGAUUUGGGACAUCCGGGGGAUCUGCAAGAGAAAUAAGCGGCGCUUGAAGAAGGAGAGGUCUGUGCAGGGCAGGAGCUCCCAGAAGGGGAGUCUGUCUCGUCUCUUCAACAAUAAAGUUGGCUGUAUGGUACAGCAGGAGAAUGGGCAGCACGAGGCUGUUGAACUGAUGUGACAGUCCAGAGCAGGCUUUAUGGCAGUGACCAAAGCUGAACCUUUUAUUUUCUGCACCACUGUGUCCAUGUAAACCAGAACUUGGAAAGAGAUGGGAAGUGGCUUUGCCUGAACCUCUCUGUGAGGAGCCAGGAUUCUCUGUGGCUACCAGAUGGACUCAGGUCAGAUCCUGUGGCUGUGAUGACUCAGCUGAGCAGCUCUGGGGUCGGGAGGGGAGGCAGCAUGGUUCAGGUGAGGUACCACUGUGUGUGUGCAAUUAGGAACUUUCCUUACAACACUGGUGUCAGUUCCCUGGGGCACAGAGAUGUUUCACCUCUGUGCCCAGUGUCUGAGGAGAUGUUCCUGUUGCCCACUCCCAUGACCCCUGUUCAGCCCAGCGUGGCAGUGAAAGGUGGCCUUGAAUUCCAUCUUCACAGCUGACCUUUGUGUCAGUCAUUGGCUGACAAGGCCAACGCAGAAGGGUUUGCCUCUGCAGCAGGAGUUUAAAGCAGACUGGACAUCUCUGGGAAGCUGGGAGUAAUAGGACAGAAAUUAAUUUAAUUGUUUUUUUUAACAAAAUAUAAGUCACGGAGCAAGCCAAACCUCAGCCCUUGUGUGCCAAGGUCAACUGUUUGCUAACCUUGUAUUGUCUUUCCUCCUCCUAAAGCUGUGUCUUGCUAGGUUACCAGUAGCAUUGGAGAAGCAGUCAAACUGAAGAGUUUUCCCAGUCUUUUUCCAUGUUCAUCCUUCUCUGAUAACCACUGAGCCAUGAAGUAACCAGGGUUCUUAUAUUUUUCUAUUUGCAGAUAUAAGUCUUUGUAGAACCAGUACAAAAAUAUCUAACCACAUGUUUUUAUUUUUAUGGCUUUAUUUAUUCUGUACUACAGCAAAACAAAAAUGCUGUAAUCCUUUUUUAGAGUGGAUUAAUAAACAUGUGGCAUCU